UCCAACAAUGUAUAUGUUGUCGUCGUCUUUUAUAAGUGGUAUAUUCUGUAGAGGAGUUGAAAUAAUUUGACCUCCUAAAAGUCAUACAUUUCUUCUCAGCGUCACAUCAGUCGAGAUAUGUGUGCUAAUCCUAUGACGCUGCGUUUCUUGCUCAGAUGAGUCAGAUUGAAAAUUGCUUAAACGUGCUGGUUUGUUAUUCAAGCUGCAUCGAGUGGCUCGAGAAAAGCCUGCUUUUAUUUUUUGCUAGAAACGUGGGGUAAAAACAUACUUUGAAACCAUUCUUGGCGUAAAUUCUGUUUUGGAGUGAAACUUUCUUCAUCAAUACAAUUCUGUCGACAUUAGCGUUAGUCAGAACUCAAACCAAUCGCAACAUACUUUUCUACCAUGCACGCAGUACUUCACUUGUUGUCAUAUGCUUUUAUUUGCUACACGUUGCGAUCAUACUGUUUUUGAAAAACAUCAAGUUGGCACGAAAUACUUAAAAAAUGAUAUCUUUCAUUAGGUGGUAACCCUGGAAAGAUAAUUUUUUUCAUUUGCACAUCUUUGAACAUUCUUGACAGUAUCCAAAAUGUAGACGUCUUCUACUAUUAAUGUCAAUUCAGUUAUCGCUUAAAUAAUCACAACAUGUGCUUGUAAUAACCCACCUAUGCAAAGUAGCGAAUCUGUUAAACUUUGUACAGAUGUUAGCAAGUUUUCCUCACAACACUACGAGGAUCAAGCUAAAGCUAUAGAUCUCUUCGGGUGUCAAAGCCAACAACUGGUAUUGGUUUAGAAACCUUUCUACAUAAUGUUACAUGGUAGCUCGUGGAUAAACCCACGGAUUCGCCCGUCACAUUUCGUGUGUCUAUAGCACGGCUAUAACAUCGCGAACACGCAAAAUACGAGUACUUAUAUCAGUUUUCUUUAAGAACAAAUUAUAUAAGAACAUAUGGCUUCAGAUUUUUAAAACGUUAUAGCAUGAUAAGAAUAUUUAAGACAUAUGACAAUUCCAAGAAGAUCUGAAAUGUAUCUUUAAAUUUCAAAAAUACUAGGAAAAUUAGAGAACAAUUUAAGAACAUUUUGGGCCUUAAAAAAAAGUAGCAUGCAUUUAUUUUCUUCGAGUUUAGUGUUCUUAUAAAAAAAGUUUGGCUUUGUUUCUAUCAAAUGAGAACAAACUCGCCUACUCAGGUAGGUACGUCUUGUAAAAAACUACAUCCAAUUCGUCACUAACUAAACCCUUUAAAAUUAGGAUGGUCAAACACUUUUGUUUCACAUCUUCUAAAAUAUAAAUUAAACAUACGAAACAGAAAGAGCAGAACAGGCUACCAGGCUAAACUGACUGCGUUGGCGUAAUAUUUUUUGAUCGCUGCUUCUUUUUUGUUUUGUUUUGAACUGAAAUAAAUGAUGUUGUAACGUAACUGUCUGCAUAAACAAUUUUUUUUUAUUUUUAAUCACUUUUUGUUUUGUAAUUUUAUAUUUCAUACUUAGGAAAGUAUGUUUAACAGUUUUAACACUAUCUCUAAUGGAAACCAUCUCUUCUGUUUUUAAUUAGGCUUAUUUAAAGUGAUAUUCACAACCCCCGUCAUUAAUUGCAAGGUGAAUUUUCUUUAAUCGCUUUUUUAUUCAACGAUUCUGACACAGACAAUAGCAGGUGCUUUUGUUCACAUAAUUUGCAUUGAUACCAUACCAUGGAAUGUUGUUGCUCCAUUGGUUUUUUAAUUUAUUUCAAUAAGUGUCCUCCAUCACAGAGCUUCUCUACUUAUGUCAUUAAAAAGAUCGCCGAGAAUCAGUUCUGUUAAUUCAAUAAACCUUUGAAACGACGGUGGACGGUAAAGACAUUACGUAUACACGCAUAUCACCUGUUUUGUGCAAUAAAAAAGCUGUCUAAUUUGCUUGUGGUUAGCAAGAACGCAUGUUAGCAUGCAGCGGUCGUGCUUGUUUUAAUCAGCCUUUUGCUUGAUUAUCCAUUUCGUCGUAAUAAUCUAUUUUUACUCGAAAGAGGAAGUCCACAAACAAAAUGAUCAGCUGUAAUAGGGAAAAGCGGCAUUGAUAAAGGCAGUUUUUUUUUUUAAAGUCAUCCUUCCAUUGAGCAUACUUUUCAUUUUUUCUGUCGAAUGCAGUGAUAAAUAUAAUCAAAGAAAUUGGCUUUGUUUUGCUGACUCAUCAUUUGUCAAGGGAUUAGAUUAUCAACGAGGUUGUUACAUGAAACCUCUUACGUGCAAUGUAAACAAAACACCUUCAAAGUUUACUUUCUCACUUGCUUGACACAAAAAACAGGUUGUUAUGAUACACCUCAAUGUCUUUGUUCUCACUCUCUAACAAGUUUAGAAUAGAUGUCCUUGAGAAAAAACAACUUCAGUUCCAAGCUUUUUUUUUAUCUCUUUGAAGAUUCCAUAAAGAAAAUUUGACAUUUUACUUGGUUGACGACAAAUGCAACGGAGUUGUGUAAAAAAAAAUUCCCCUUAAAAUGAGGUUUUUUUGUUAUAACAUACAUCGCGGUAGCUAGUUAUUCCUAAUCAGACCUCCGUCGUGACUUUCAUAAUACGAACUUGAGCCGUCUUUUAGGGUGAAAGUAUUUGUUAUACGCGUCACCUGUGCUCAGGGGGUAAAAUACUUUAGUAUUAAUUUUAAGUGAAAUCGUGUAAAGGGAAAAGAUGUAAUACAAUCGACGUCGAAAAAACUCGUAAUAAUUAGCGAAUUUCGUAUUAAUUUUAUCCAGGCUAACUCGUGUAGUCAGACUUUUAAUUUUUAUACCCCAACCCUUUCAGUUGCAUUAUGCAUCGAGAAUACAUCGAAUGAUAUGCAACAGCUCAGCAUUUAUUCACCUAAGAAGCAAUGUUGAAAAACCAUUCAUUAAAAAUAUAUUUGCGCCUGGGAACAGGAAAAGUGCUUCGCAUAUGGAAACCAGGUACUAUGAAAGACAGUCGAGCUAUGUGUUGAGAGAAAAUAAAUGAUUUCCUGACAGCGUAAUAAUAAUGCACUUGUUGUCGAAAUUAGUAGAAAAAACAACAAGUUUUUUUCACCCCCUGAUAAGUAGGACGGCUUCAAGAAUUUGAUAUUUGCAUAAAGGCUGAUGAUUUUGUUGUAAAGCUGAUGCGACGCGCACCUGUUCGUUGAAGAGGAGAAGGCACGGAGAGGUUUUGAAAUUAAAGCAAAAAAAAAAACAACUGUAUAUUCAACUCUUUUUUUGUUGUUAAUUAUUAUAAUAUUCAUUUUUAAAAAGAAUAAACUUGCUGAGUUUUUUUUUUGUUCAAGAAUUUUCUAUUAAAAUUUAAACAAAACUUCUGCAAGGUGUACUUCUGAAGAACUUGAUGAAAAGCAGGUUGAUUUUCUUUGCUCUUUUAUUUAUAAGAAAAAAAGAAAUUUUCACACACAAAAAAACGAGUAUAUGUGUCACACUUGAUUAUUAAGACCUCCGAUCAACUUUUUCUCUCUUAAAGUAUAAAAUAACGUUAAUGAGUGGUAUAAACAAAAAUUUUGGAAACAUGCCUCGCUCAUUUCUUGUUAAAAAGAAGAUGCAUUUGGAUGAGUGCUUGAGACAGCAAGAAGAUUCACACGAGCGUUUAGCAGAUGAAAUGACACCGGCAGCGGAAAGACAAGAAUUAACCGCAGCUAAAAAUUUCUCAACACCUUUUUCGUCAGAGUCUAGUAUUCAGACCAGUGAACACGUUGUAGUUAUGGAAACUCCUGUAUAUUAUCAACCUGUUCGUAGACAGUACCUUCCGUAUCACUCGCAUGACUUCUGGUCGACCCGAUUCCCGUUUUAUGUCAAACCACGUACUUACUCGCCUGAUAAUCGGUUAGAGAAGGACUCGUGCGUUGCUAGCAUCGAACGUCGCGCCGAAGACGCUGUCUCUUCGGUUAACAAACAGGUUGCCAUACAAAUUGACGUCAAGGAUGCUGAAAGUGAGAAAGAAAGUGCAGAGGUCGAUUAUGAAAAGGAUAAAAACAAAACAUCAACUGAAAACAUUAUUGUUGUAAAGCCAUCUGAUUACUUGGAUUGUAACUCAAACGAAAUGAACAAUGCCGAUGUGACUAAUGCAGCUAAGGUACCCAGGAAAAGUAAAAGUUCGCGCCAUUUUUCUUGUAAAUAUUGCGACAAAGAUUACAUGAGCUUGGGCGCAUUGAAAAUGCAUAUAAGAACACAUACGCUGCCGUGCAAAUGCAACAUAUGCGGAAAAUCAUUUAGCCGCCCAUGGUUACUUCAGGGGCAUAUAAGAACACAUACUGGCGAAAGACCUUUUGUUUGUUCCUAUUGUGGAAGAGCUUUUGCAGAUCGUUCCAACCUUCGCGCACAUGUGCAAACACAUUCUGACGUGAAAAAAUACGAGUGCCGAAAGUGUUUGAAAUCGUUUUCGCGAAUGUCAUUGUUAGUAAAACACGAAGAAUUUGAUUGUGCUUAACCAACGACGGAGUUUAAUUAAUUUUAUAUUUUCACGCUUUUUUAAAUUUCAGUUUUAUGAAUAAAUUCUAUGGUCUGUCUUUUUCUAA